ACGCUUUUUAUCUUUUCAAUUUUGCUCUCGUCUAUGUACCAUAGUUAGUUUAACGUGUGUAUAUAUACCCAAGACGUUGUAUUUUAAAUAUUGUAAAAUGUUUAAAAAUAAGGUUCUCUUUUAGGAAAAAAAAUAGUUUGGUCUAUCUAAGAAUGGUAACAAUACGCUUUUUAAAAUUUUUCAUUGCCGCCUUUUUCGCUAUUUUUAUCAUUUUGCUACUUACAAGAGACAAGGUGCCUCAACUGCAAGAAUUUAACGCCAGAAACGCUUAUCAGGCAACGGAAACGGCUUCAGAAAAAGAUGACACUGUUCCCGUAGAAGUUACAGAAAUAAAAACGAAGCCACUGGAAGACAGUGCAAAUUUAGAAGAAAUUGUUACUAAUAUAAAUUCAGAUAAGGAAGUCAAGGAGGAGGAUCAGGAGAAUGAUAAAGAAGAAAUUGAUGAUAGUAAUAAUGACGUAAUGCCUGCGGCAUUUUUAAAUUAUCGAAGCCCAACUUCAGAGAACAAAUCGUAUUGCAAAUUUAGUUACGGUUUGCCUUAUUCUUUGACGUACUUAGAGGAAGACAUGGCUUAUCCACCGCAAGGAGGCAAGGAAUCCACCUACAGGGUGCUCUACAACGCCAUUUUUGCUUAUAAUAUUGAAAAUGUUUCUAGUAUCACUUAUGCUACUCAUCUGACUGCGAAUUAUGGUAAUUUCAUUCCAGAACUCUUAAAACGUUGGGAUGGGUUGGUAACAAUAGCAGCGUUUGUGCCAGAUGUUGAUUCUUUUUACUUUUUGGAGCAAAUCAAUCAGUUUUGUUAUUGUGAACCUAAAAUGCACAGAGUGUCUAUUCAUCUUGUUACUCAGGAACGACUGCCUUUUUCCAAGAACGAUAUUUCGUUUGGCAGACCUGAUUCGUGUCUUCCAAAGGAUUCUUCGCAACUGGUGCUGUAUAAAGACUUUGAUAACACUGUAACUUAUCCUGUUAAUGUGGUGAGAAAUGUUGCAAGGGUUUCAGCUUUAUCCAGAUACGUUUUGCUGUCUGAUAUCGAAUUAAUGCCUAACAAAGGUUUAGCCAAAAGUUUUCUUAAUUUCCAAGAAAACUUUAAUAAAACAAUCGAGAGGGAAGUGUUUGUUUUACCAGUUUUUGAAGUGGAUGAAGCUGAGUCAGUUCCAGAAAACAAGGAGGAGCUGUUGAGACUUAUUGAGGAUGAUAAGGCGAUUUAUUUUCAUGGUUUGGUUUGUCAACAUUGUCAAAGGUUUCCUCUAUUUGAAAAGUGGUUACAAAGCGGUUUUUCAGAUGAUAUUAAACCUUUUGUAACUGUAAAAAGGCACGACCCGUACUACAGAUGGGAACCAAUAUUUAUUGGAACUAACGAGGAGCCUUUAUAUAACGAAGAACUCACUUGGGAAGGUUUACAAGACAAAAUGAGCCAAUCGUUGGAGAUGUGCCUUCUGGAUUAUCACUAUACGGUACUGGAUAAUGCGUUCUUAUGUCAUUGGCCUGGCAUGAAAAAGAAAAAGCCAACCAAAGAAGAGUGGAGGAGUAAAUUUAUUACUAACAAUACAGAAACUUAUAAGAAAAUCAUAAGAAAUUUGUUGGAAAGAUACGAUAAUAUACCUGAAUGUAGAGCGAAUUUUAUGCCUCAACUAGUGCCCUAAUAAAUGGUAAAACUGA